AUGCCAGACAGCUGGAACACAUCUUCAGACAGCGUAGAAGCACGAACUGCAGGCAUUAUUGUGCCGGUGGUCUUCUCCCUCAUCUUCUUUGUGGGCACAGUAGGGAACGGCUUGGUGCUGGCUGUGCUGCUGCGCAAUGGACAGGUGAAAUACAACACCACCAACCUGUUCAUCCUUAACCUGGCGGUGGCGGACCUGUGCUUCAUUGUCUUCUGCGUCCCCUUCCAGGCCACCAUCUACACACUGGAUGGGUGGCUCUUUGGUGCCUUUGCCUGCAAGGCAGUGCACUUUCUCAUCUACCUCACCAUGUAUGCCAGCAGUUUCACCCUGGCAGCUGUCUCUGUGGACAGGUAAAUACAAGCACUCCUUCUCUCUGGCAUGUCUCCCUCUCUGUCCUCCAAACCAAUAUAUUGCUUGAUCAGUAGAAGGAUCCUACUUCUUCCAUAGGAAGGAGUAGAGGACAAAGGACCUUGCUCCUUUGAAUACCUUUCAGGGAUGGGAGAGAAAUGUGAUCCACUUUGCAUUUAAAGGUGAACCUACCAAAUUUGCACUUGGGAACAGAAACACAGCUCUGUUUCCAAAGUCACGCUUUUCUGAAUUUUGCAGUCAGUUUUCCAGCGUACAAAGAUGCAUAUACUAAAGUAAAGUGUGUAUUAAAAUGCACGCAUCACCAAAAAUAGCAUUGUAUUAGGGAAGAUUGGUUAUAAGAAAAGAUUGCAUGGAAAAAUAUUUAUAGCAGGAGAAAUUUUCACUAAAAUGCUGAUGAAUUUCCAUGAUGAUUUAAAAUAAAUGAAUGAAUCUUAAAUUGCUGCAAACUGUGGAGAGCUGAAUUUGAUACCAGAAAAAUGAAAGAUCCUUCCAAACCUGCUCCACAUACAUUUUCUCAAUACCCUUUCUCAAGUUUUCUCCAUUCCUUUGUCCUUAACAACCUAAUCCCACUUAGUACCUCUUGCUGUUUCUGCAUAGGGGGCACCUUAAUAAAUUUGUGCCUGAACAUGCAAUCUCCCAGUUCACUUGGAUUCUUGGCAUUCCUCAGGCAUAUGUGUUUCUGCACUCAGUUUUCUGUAUUGAAGGAGGAAGGAAACACAUUGAAGGAGGAAGGAAACGCAUUGUACACAUAUGAAAAGCUUUGUGAAUUAUGGAAGCUCUUCCUAGAUCUGCAUAAGCUGUUGUGGGCCCCAAUUUGGAGUUUUCGUUGGCAGUUUAAGCUUAAGGAGUUUUGGGAAGAGCCUAGAAAAUAACUCUGUUGGCUUGUCACCAAGGUCACAUCCUCACCAGGCAUGUAAAGCACAUAACCUCCCUCAAAGAAUCAUGGGAACCGUAGUUUACCCCCUCACAGAGCUACCAUUCCCAACACACUCAAUAAACAACACUUCCCAGGAUUCUUUGGGGGAAGUCAUGUGCUUUUUCAACAUAUGGUAUGGCUGUGACCUGAGAUAAUAUGUGGAAAUGAGAAUAAGGAGGUGAGGCACUGAAGCAACCAUAGGAAAGGGAAGGUGAUGUUUUUUGGGCUUCUCAAAAUUUAUUGUGUUCAAGAAACUAACCCCUUUACCUCACACCCACUCUGCUUCCAGGUAUCUGGCUAUCCGUUACCCCCUGAAAUCCCGGGAUCUCCGGACCUCUCGCAAUGCAGCUCUUGCCAUUGUAAUGAUCUGGACGCUGUCACUGCUUUUUGCAGGACCGUAUCUCAGCUACUACCAAAUAGUCCACUACCAGGAGGUGCCCAUCUGUGUCCCUAUUUGGGAGGACCAGCGCCGCAAGAUCUUGGACAUCCUCACCUUCGUAUUUGGCUACGUCCUCCCAGUCUUUGUCGUCAGCCUGGCUUACGCUAGGACCAUUAAGUUUUUGUGGACCGCUGUAGAUCCCAUUGAGAGGAUCUCGGAGUCCCGUAAAGCCAAGCGCAGGGUCACCAAGAUGAUCAUAGCAGUGGCCGUCCUCUUCUGCCUGUGCUGGCUGCCCCACCACCUAGUGAUCUUGUGCUUCUGGUUUGGCUAUUUCCCCUUUAACCGGGCCACCUACGCCUGCCGCUUGGCUUCCCAUUGCCUGUCCUAUGCCAAUUCUUGCCUCAACCCAAUUGUCUACGCUCUCAUCUCCAAGCACUUCCGCAAGAGAUUCAAACAGGUCUUCACCUGCCUCAUCAUCCAGGACAAGAACAAGAAGAGGCGAGCAGGCAACAAGGUCCACGUAGCCAAUGUCAACAAUGGUUUGGCCAACCAUACGGCAGGCUUCUGUGGAGGGAACACAGAGGUAACCCAACUCCAUGAGGAAAAUAUCCGAUGCUACCAGGGCCUGUUGCUGAAAGAAACUGAAGGGGGGGUGCCUGAGGCAUGGUCUCAUCAGUUAGAAGACACAGCCAUCUCGGAUCAGAGAGAGCUAAUGAAUGAAGAAGGUUCUGGGGCAACUGACAACAAUCAACUGGCUGUGACAACACAUGAGGGACUGUAA